AUGGGCAGGCAGUGGGCAGCCUAUAUGAGCCGGCCCCAGCACACCUUAAGCGGCUUUCUGUCCACCCCGUCCGUAGUGUGGGUACGUCGGGGCCGGAGCCCGCAGAGCCGCCGCCCCCCUUCCAACUCCCGCCUGCUUCUCCCCCCUGCUCUCCUCUCCAUUCCCGGUUCUUGCCGUCAGGGCUCCAGGGUCUGGCCAGAGAUGCCGUCGGAGAGCGGGGCUGCGAGCCCGGACGCAGCAGCGGUGGCGGCGGCUGCAGCGGCGCCCCCGGCCCUGGUCCCUCCGGCCGAAGCCCCUACCCAGAAGCGAGGCGGUCCCAGUCCGGAGCGUUCCUCCGGAGCUCCGCGACGGCGCUUCAGCCGGUUGAGCUGGGCGCAGGUGCAGAGACUGGACACUCUACUAGCUGAAGAGGUCCCCAUCCACGGACGCGGCAACUUUCCCACGCUGACGAUACAGCCGCGCCAAAUCGUGCAGGUGGUCCAGAGCCGCUUGGAGCAGCUGGGGGUCCCUGUCCACAGCGUCCGCCUGAAUGGUUCUGCCGCCAGCCACGUCCUUCACCAGGACAACGGCCUGGGCUACAAGGACGUGGAUCUCAUCUUCCGGGUGGACCUGCAAGACGAGGCCGCCUUCCAGCUGGUGCGGGAGGCCGUUCUGGCCUGCCUCCUGGACCUCCUUCCGGCCGGGGUGAGCCGAGCCAAGAUCACACCGCAGACGCUGACGGAAGCCUACGUGCAGAAGCUGGUCAAGGUGUGCACGGACACCGACCGCUGGAGCCUCAUCUCCCUCUCCAACAACAGCGGCAAGAACGUGGAGCUGAAGUUCGUGGACCGGCUGCGGCGCCAGUUUGAGUUCAGCGUGGACUCCUUCCAGAUCGUCCUGGACUCUCUGCUCCUCUACGGUCAGUGUUCCUCCACGCCCAUGUCUCAGGCCUUCCACCCCACGGUGACGGGCGAGAGCCUGUACGGGGACUUCGAGGAGGCUCUGGAGCACCUGCGGCGCCGGCUGAUCGCCACCCGCAAUCCCGAGGAGAUCCGGGGGGGCGGCCUCCUCAAGUACUGCCACCUCCUGGUGCGCGGCUUCCGGCCCUGCCCGGGCACCGACGCCCAGGCCCUGCAGCGCUACAUGUGCUCUCGCUUCUUCAUCGACUUCCCAGACUUGGGGGAGCAGAGGCGCAAGCUGGAGCGCUACCUGCAGGCCCACUUUGGCGGGGGGACCGGCCCGACCUGCUACGCCUGCCUGGUGACCCUGCACCGGGUGGUUAACGAGAGCACCGUCUGCCUCAUGGGCCACGAGCGGCGCCAGACGCUGGACCUCAUCGCCAUGUUGGCCUUGCGGGCACUGGCUGAGCAGGGUCUUGUGGGUGGCACUGCCUUGGCCUGGCACUACUCGCCUACUUCCUACCCGGGCAACGAUGGGGUCCCUCCCACCCUCAACUACUACGUGACCCCCAUCCAGCCGCUGCUGGCCUGUGGUCACACCUCCUACCCCACUUGGCUGCCUUGCAACUGAGCUGAGAGGGAUGGGGAAAUGGGGCUCCCCAUCCUCACCCCUGGAAUCUGAGCCGGCUAGGGGAAGUGGUGGCUCUACCCCCAACCACAUCAGGC